UGACAAAAACAUCACUUAACUUGGGCACACUUUGUUAUACUAAUAAAAGUAUUAAUAAGUAUUGAAAAAAAGUUUAAAUAUUCAAAUGGCUAUUCAAUAAUCGUUGUUUUUAUGGUGAUCUGGUCUCAAUUGUCGUGUAGUCUGGAAGUAAUGGAACAUAAAAAUAUAGGAGUAAUAGGUAUUGGUCGCAUUGGAGAGGUACAUCUAUGUCACCUUGUCCAGAGUGGACAGGUAAAUGUGAUGUAUUUAGUGGAUAUUGAACAGAUGCAUGGCAAAAUCAGAGAUUUGGUGAAGCAGUAUGGUUUGCAAAAUGUAAAAAUUAUCAAUACGGAAGAAGUCACUGACAUGCUUAGCGAUAAAUUAUUAGAUGCAGUUUUAAUCUGCUCUCCUGUGUUCGGAAAACCACACAAGAAAAGCGACUUAGUAAAAUUCGCUUUACAGGCAGGAAAACAUGUAUUCUGUGAGAAACCAAUUGACCUUAAUCCAAGAGUGGUGGAAGAAUGUUACAAGUUGGCAGAAGAUCGUGGAAAAACACUUCAAUGUGGAUUUGAUAAGCGUUUCGAUAUCAGCAUACGUAAAAUGUAUGACAAGAUUAAAGCAGGGGAUUUGGGCGAACUUCGCCUGAUCAAACUAGUUGCACGUGAGCUUCCAGCAUGGAUUAAUGCAGAAUAUUUGAAGUCGAGCGGAGGAAUAGUUGUAGACAGUGCUAUACACGAACUUGAUUUGAUAUGCUGGUUGUCUGGAGAAAGACCAGAAAGUGCAGUAUGCUUUGGACAUGCAAAAAGUCAGAUGUUUAAAGAAUGUAACGAUGUUGAGUGUGCCAUGAUUAUGCUUAAAUUCUCCAGCGGACUUAUUGGAUAUAUUGAAAAUGUACGAGGGGUUCCUUAUGGCUACGAUCAGAGAUUUGAAGUACUAGGAGAAAAGGGGAUGCUUUGUAUAGAGAAUCCAUCUACUACACAUCUUCAGUUGUGGAACCAAGAUGGACGUCUAUUAGAUACAAUAGAACAGCAUGGCCUACCUAGAUACUAUGAGGCUUACAGAAUGGAAAAACAGCACUUCAUCGAUGUUAUUAAUGGUAAAUUAUCCUGUGAAAUUUUACCUGACGAAGUAAUUUUCAACUCCAAGCUUACUCAAUACUGUACCAAGUCACUGAGGACAGGAACGAUCGUAAACAUUCCUUAAAUAUUUAAGUAAUAACUGUUUUCCAUUAUGUGAACAUAAAACUUAUGAAACAUC